AUGACAGGAGGAGAUCCUCGUCAUAUUCAUCGUCUCCUCAAGCCAAGGUACUGGUUCAGUCUAGUUAUGCGAUGUCAGGUGGCCAAAUAUUGUCCUUCUCACUGCUAGCCGUGUUAGUUAGCUUGGCUAAUCCACCGGAUAUUGGUUUCUGAAGCCGUGUUAGCUAUCACGUUAACAGUUAACUAACUACCUUUUUUAUGCAUGAAAUUUGGGGAAUCUUAGCCAUUUGUAAUGCUCUCUAUUUCUAUAAAGUUCAUAACACUUGAGAUAUAAUAAACGUAAAUACAGCAUCGUAAAAUCAAGAUGAUGAAUGUUUUAAUUUGAUGUGGUAUUAGUUGGCAAGUUGCGCAGUCUAUUCUGACCGUACGUAGAUCUCCUCGCAUUACAUGGUCGUCACUAGUUGCCACAAAGGCAUAAACUCUGCCUAUUUCUAAAAUGUAUCUUAAUAAAAUCAGAUUUUAAACCUAACCUUUAACCAUACUGCUAACCUUAUGCCUAACCUUAACUUUUAAAUUAAGACCAAAAGCAAAUUUUUUUUAACGUCAGGGUUUCCCAAACUCGGUCCUGUGGUCCCCCCUGGGUGCACGUUUUGGUUUUUGCCCUAGCGCUACACAGCUGAUUGAAAUAAGCAAAGCUUGAUGAGUUGGUUAUUUGAAUCAGCUGUGUAAUGCUAGGGCAAAAACCAAAACGUGCACCCAGGGGGGACCAAAGGACCGAGUUUGGGAAACCCUGAUUCUUGUGACCAUGCAAAGUGCUAAGCUAGCAAGCUUUUCUCAUGUUACCUACUGCAGCUUAGAAUGGAGGAAUAUAUUAUAUGUAUAGCUAACAUUCUAUUCUGCAAUAGAGGGGAAAUAUGGAAGAUGAUCAAAACUCAAGGUACCCAUCCUAAAAUGUAUGUUCGCAGAGAGGAGAGAGAAUCUUUAACUUGGGAGCUUUUUUUGGAAGCUAGUACUUAUGUCACUCAAGCUGUUAAGGUCAUCAGUUGACAGCUGUUGACAUUUGGGAAAGCACUAUUCAAUACCUAGAGCUGAUAUUGCAUUUACUACAGUCUGAUACUAUAUUAAUCCCACAGAGGAAUAGAAAUCCCAGUCAUAUACAGUAUAUCGUGUGUGUCUUAGAAUAUCUUAGCCAAUGACAAGAAGUACCAUAAUGUUUUUUUUACCAUUGUUUUUCUACAGGAGACUGGAGCAAACAGAUUAGUUUCCUCUCAUUUCAGGCAAUACUACAUUUUAUUUUAGCUUGAGAUCCUAAAUCUAGUCUAACUUGUCUUGCAAGUUCUGGUCACUUUGCAUAGGCUGCUAUGGUGCAGUGCACUUUCCAGGCACGACAUUGAGAACUAGCCUGUAUAUUUACAUAGGACUUAAUUUUGUAAAUGAAUGGUGGUUUCUAGUUUCAAAUGUAAACUUUAACUUUGAGUGUCUGUUAGAGCGUCUGGACUGUAGCCAUAUUAUGGUUAGUACACAUGGGUGCGUAGGGUUAUAUGACACUGUAUGAUACAGCGUCACAUUACCUUAUGGUGUCCCAGACCACUAGGAGGAUUGACGUGAUAAACAAUGAAUGUAUGUCUAGCUGGGUGUUUUGGAAUUGGAAGCCCUUGCAUUUUGACCUGCCCUUCAGACAAAGAGUACAUGGCAGUACAAGGCAGGCAAGAUAGACCCACUAGAGGAAGCUUAUGCUAAACUAAUCUGAUUCUGUCUAAGCUCGUCUUGGAUGGACAGGGGUUGUAGACGGGUAUUUUUAUGAUGUCACUCGAGACUAUCCCUCACUUGUUAAGGUCAUGAAUCAAAUGAAGUGCAUGGUUUGGAGAUUUAAACGGCUAUUAGGCUCAAGCUAUAGGGAUGCCCUUUAGUGUUUUAUACCCCCCGACACGUAAAAUACCUGGUCACUCAUUGGUCAGCAAACGUUCUCCACUUCUGGUGGUCUAUGGUCAUCUUUUACACUGAGGUUAUUGGAGCUCAGUCUCUAUUGUCCUCCGCCAUGUUAAUAACUUUAUUAAUAAUGCCGUAUCCAUGUGUUUUCCUCUUCUCAGGGAAGAUGUAGUACAGCUGACUUAAAAGGCCUGAAUAUAUUAUGUUAUUAAAAAGCAUGAGCUGGCGCACACCCAGAGAACAUUAUUUUGUGUGGAGGUGCUGACUAACAGUGAAUAAACUGUAAGCUAUAAAAGUCUCACACUACGCCGCCAGGGACUCAAAUCCUGCAGUGCCAGACGUGUCCCCCUGCUUAAGCCAGUACAUGUCCAGGCCCGUCUGAAGUUUGCUAGAGUGCAUUUGGAUGAUCCAGAAGAGGACUGGGAGAAUGUCAUAUGGUCAGAUGAAACCAAAAUAUAACUUUUUGGUAAAAACUCAACUCGUCGUGUUUGGAGGACAAAGAAUGCUGAGUUGCAUCCAAAGAACACCAUACCUACUGUGAAGCAUGGGGGUGGAAACAUCAUGCUUUGGGGCUGUUUUUCUGCAAAGGGACCAGGACGACUGAUCCGUGUAAAGGAAAGAAUGAAAGGGGCCAUGUAUUGUGAGAUUUUGAGUGAAAACCUCCUUCCAUCAGCAAGGGCAUUGAAGAUGAAACGUGGCUGGGUUUUUCAGCAUGACAAUGAUCCCAAACACACCGCCCGGGCAACGAAGGAGUGGCUUCGUAAGAAGCAUUUCAAGGUCCUGGAGUGGCCUAGCCAGUCUCCAGAUCUCAACCCCAUAGAAAAUCUUUGGAGGGAGUUGAAAGUCCGUGUUGCCCAGCGACAGCCCCAAAACAUCACUGCUCUAGAGGAGAUCUGCAUGGAGGAAUGGGCCAAAAUACCAGCAACAGUGUGUGAAAACCUUGUGAAGACUUACAGAAAACGUUUGACCUGUGUCAUUGCCAACAAAGGGUAUAUAACAAAGUAUUGAGAAACUUUUGUUAUUGACCAAAUACUUAUUUUCCACCAUAAUUUGCAAAUAAAUUCAUUAAAAAUCCUACAAUGUGGAUUUUUUUCCCUCAUUUUGUCUGUCAUAGUUGACAUGUACCUAUGAUGAAAAUUACAGGCCUCGCUCAUCUUUAAGUGGGAGAACUUGCACAAUUGGUGGCUGACUAAAUACUUUUUUUCCCCCACUGUAUGUAUGUAUGUGUAUAUAUAUAUAUAUAUAAACCUCCCAGUCAUUUAUUGGGUAAAACCCCAACGUUUUGGCAUCACUGUGCCUUCUUCAGGUUACUGCGUUAUUACCGUGUUAUAUAAAGGUCAACAUGUUUUCAUCUUCCUCUCUACAGAUGUAGUGGUACGGUGGGAGCCAUCGUGACCUGUCCUCUGGAGGUGCUGAAGACCAGGUUGCAGUCGUCAGGCAUCACGCUCCGGCCCAUGUUCCAGGUCCAACUGGGCACGCUCAAUGGUACUGGGGUCAUCAGACCAGGCUCAGGCACCGUUACACCACCUAGCCUGCUGCAGGUCUUACGGUAAGGGGUCGUCCCUCUUUUUCUUAUUAUUAGUGUGGGGAUACUCUACUAUGGGUCUUACGGUAAGGGGUCGUCCCUCUUUUUCUUAUUAUUAGUGUGGGGAUACUCUACUAUGGGUCUUACGGUAAGGGGUCGUCCCUCUUUUUCGUAUUAUUAGUGUGGAGAUACUCUACUAUGGGUCUUACGGUAAGGGGUCGUCCCUCUCUUUCUUAUUAUUAGUGUGGGGCUAGUCUACUAUGGGUCUUACGGUAAGAGGUUGUCCUUCUUAUUAAAAGAUAAAUAGUAAUGGUGUCUUUUUGUAGGCACUCCUCCAUGGUUCGUUGGACAAAGCCUAUGGGGAAAAUGAAUGGCGUGUUUGGAUAAACGCCGAAAAUAAGGUCUGUGGUAAACACAGGCUUAGGAUUUCUUAUAAGUUUUGUUCUAUGAGAUAAUCUUAAUCAGGUAAUGUCACUUUUUGUGAAUUUUGAAGAGCACAUAAAGGUUUCAUAAUUCAUAAGGUCAUGUUAACUGACUGCUAUUAUCUCAUAGACAGGCGGCAGGUAGCUUAGUGGUUAAGAGCGUUGUGCCAGUAACCGAAAGGGCAUUGCGUUCAUCCACCUCUGGCCUGCUGGCUCCCCUACCUCUGCGGAAGCACAGUUCCCGCUCAGCCCAGUCAAAACUGUUCGCUGCUCUGGCACCCCAAUGGUGGAACAAGCUCCCUCACGACGCCAGGACAGCGGAGUCACUCUCCACCUUCCGGAGACAUUUGAAACCCCACCUCUUUAAGGAAUACCUGGGAUAGGAUAAAGUAAUCCUUCUACCCCCCCCCCCCCCCCCCCCCCCCCCCCCCCCAAAAAAAAAACAAACAUUGUAAAGUGGUUAUCCCACUGGCUAUAAGGUGACUGCACCAAUUUGUAAGUCGCUCUGGAUAAGAGCGUCUGCUAAAUGACGUAAAUGUAAGGUCGCUGGUUCUAAUCCCCGAGCCGACUAGGUGAAAAAUCUGUCGAUGUACCCUUGAGCAAGGCACUUAACCCUAAUUGCUCCUGUAAGUCGCUCUGGAUAAGAUCUCCUAAGCCUGUGUUAACCUCAGACCUUAUUUUCGGCAUUUAUUCCAAAACCCAAUUCUUUCCUCAUUCAUUUUCCCUAUAGGGAUGGCUGAACGAACCAGAAGUAACUCAUUUCUGGGUUUUAGGGCUACAAGCUGGCGAGCUCUAUUAGCAUGGGGACAGUCUACUAUGGGUCUUACGGUAAGGGGCUCUUACGGUAAGGGGCUCUUACGGUAAGGGGCUCUUACGGUAAGGGGCUCUUACGGUAAGGGGCUCUUACGGUAAGGGGCUCUUAUAAGUGUGGGGCAUAGGAGGCUGCUGAGGGGAGAACAGCUCGUAAUAAUGGCCGGAACGGAGCAAAUGGAAUGCCAUUAACCACAUGGAUGUAGUUGUUACCGUGCCGCUCCAGUCAUUACCACGAGCCGAUUCUCCCCAAUUAGGGUGUGGGGCUACUAUAGGUAUUACGGUAAGGUGCUCUCCCUGUUUUCUUUCAUUAGCGUGGAGUUACCACAGCUAUGCCAGGCACGCCUAACCACUUAAAUUACCUUCUAUUUAUCCCUAAUGGCAAUUAGGCCUUUUGCUGGUCAUAGAUGGGUUAGAUGACGACGUCACAAAAAUGCGAGUCUAUGGGGCAGAAGGCUGUGUGUUAUGAAUCUGGACAGUCCGACAGCUAGCAACAAGGACAAGAAGCUGCCAUGUGGGGAAUCGUAGGUGGCUCGUUGUACCUUGUUAUUGAUACCAUGUCUUGUUUUGACUCUUUUGAUAAUGUGGCUAAAAUUCGCCAGCUAGCUAAACCAACAAAUGUAACAAUGUAUUUGAGCAACAACAAGUGCUGAUUGUGCAACUGUAUUUAUGUUUUCAAUAAAGAUUUGGAGAGGAAAUAUAGUUUCCUGUUUUGCACCACGGUUGCGCACGCAUCAAUUUUGUUUUGUUGCUUAACAACCCACCCGUCUAUAGGAGACCAGUAAACAACACCACAGCAGGAAGAACUAAAACCACAACCGCAGGAUAUUAUCAACUUUCACCACCUGCACCCCCUUACCAUGACAAUGUAGUUACCGAUCCACUUGAUAGAACUCUCCUGAUUGCCAGAUGCCUGCUGUUCCAGUUGCCAGUGGAUGUGAAUGCUGCAUCCCUUGAGAAUGUAGCCUUGGGGAUCUGUGUCGUGCCAGGCUACCCACAGGGCUGUCACACCACAACGAAUGACUAG